AUGCCUAAUAAAUUUAGGGAACACGUCAAGGGGUGUGGCACGUUUAUUGAUCUGUAUGUUGUAGGACCCAAGGAAUCGAGGAUAGAAGCAGCAAAGAACAAUCAGGAUGUGAAUGUUGUUGCAAAAGGAAACGAUAAAAUUAUAGAGGGAAAGGAAGCUGUUUCGUCUAUUGCUAUUGAUGUUGAUGAUGAAGAGGACCAAGAUGAAACAAGGGACGACUAUGGAAACGAUAAUGAUGAUAAUGACAAUGACGAUAAUACCGACCGAAAGGACGCGAAUAAUGAUAAUGACAAAGCCAAAAACAAUGUACAACCGCAAAAGAAUCAAAUUUCGACCGAUACCAUCAACAAACUUCAAGACGAAACGGCUUUACCGUCUGACUAUCGUUCUUCUUUCAAUCUAAUCUCCUCCCAUCCAAUUUCUGUUCCUGCACUAUAUCCGUCUCUUACUCCUACACCUACACCUACUCCUUUUCCUUCUCCGUCUCCGUCUCUUACUCUUACACCCAAUCGUCUUGAGACUGCUUCGGAAACAGCAUCUUCCGUUGCUAGGAUUGGUGUUGAAGACGAGACGUUUGAUAUGAAGCAAGAAUGCGUUUGGCAAGGUACCCAAGAUAACUCUUGUUGCUCGCAUGAGUCUCCUUACUACGAGAUCAACCAAGGGUUAGCUACCUACGGCUUGCAAAUUUUAUCGAUCCAUGCUGUAUCGUGCGUCGAAUGUGGAGGUCUGCUGGAUGUAGAACAUGUCAAAUCACACAUGCAAAACGUUCACCAUGUUUUUCGCUUUGAAGAUGAGGUUGAAAACCUGUUUAAGCAGAUGAAUCACAUCGAUCUAAAGAGUCCAUCCACCGUGUCGAACGAGCGUUCAUCCUCAUGGGAGACGUAUCCGUGUAUAUUCGGCUUGCCUGUUUUGUUGAAUGGAUACGAAUGUACCAUUUGUUUUGAUAGUGGAGGAGGUUUUGUUCAUGGAAUUGCGGACACGUUUUACCGUCAUGUUCGACGGCAUCAUGGGAGGACCGUGAAUGUCAAUGAGUUGGAUUUCGCUCCCGUAGUAGGAGAAGAUAGAAAUCAUCAAUUGGAUUCGUUGAUUGAUUCUUGGUAUUUGGAUCGUGUGGACGAAGAUUCUGAUGCCGAUGCAAAUACAAAUACAUAUACAAACACAUACGCUAGAAAACGAAAUGCAACUGAAGAGUAUGGCGACGACAACGAUUCGGUGGAUGCUCGUCAAAAGAAUUUGCUAAACCAGCAACUGGGCUUGAUUGGAUGGCAUUACAUUGACGGAGCCAUAAACUCCAAGAUUAUCCUGGAAGAGUUGAUUCGGUAUUAUUAUAGAGGAUUUCAGUACUUGAAGUGGAUGAUGAUUGGCACGAGAAAGUUGUUUACAGAAGGAGGAAACUACAGUGCGCAAGAGCGUGGGUUGAAUCCGCUGGAGCAAAGGGUCAGCGUCGUCAAUUAUGCGCGAAGUACUGCUCGGUAUUUGAUGUUUUUAUUACGACGACCAAAUUGUCAAAAGAAUGGCCAUGUACGAUCCCAUUUGGAACGGAUGUGCAGAAUCGUUUCGGCUGAAGCUGAAGCUGAAGCUAAAGCGAAACAAGGCGUCGAAGACGAAGAUGCCAAAGUCUCUGAAUGGAUUGAUACCGCUAUUGGCGAUGAUGAUAAUGAUAAUGACAAUGACAUUAUCAUGAUGGAGGAAGAAGCGUUGGAUGAGAGUGAAGAAAUCGAACGCGAACGUGCUUUACAAUUAGAGUUGGAGCAACAGAGACAAGAGGAAGAAGCUGCUGGUAUACAGAAAGACCAAAACAAUGACCGAGGGCAACAGGACGGUGACGACGUUGACGACGACGCUGACGAGAAGGAAGAAAGAAGAGGGUUCUACUUUCGAAAGGAUGAAGCGUAUGCUGAAUUGCACGAGGCAUUAAAGUUGGCUUUUCUACGACAGUACGAAUUCUCGGAAAGUAUCCGCGACACAGAAAUCGUCAAGUUCUUGGCAUGCUUGUCUCUGCGUGACGAUGGAACGUCAAGGUAUGCGUAUGAAAUUUCGUCGUUCUUUGCUCCCUUGAUUUAUACGUGUCGUUUGGUCGCUGCCAGUGAAUUGCAACGGUUGGUUGAGGAAGGAAAAGUCACACUGUCUUCUAUACCAGAGUUUCAUACGGCUGGUUCCUUUGCAUACACACACGUGUUUCGCUAUAUAUCUCUGGGCAAAAGGAAUAUCUACGACAUUCUGUAUGAAGCCAACAAAAUCGUACGUGAUGUGACUAGGACGGAGGGGUAUGCGAAUACCUUGGAAGGUCUGAACCCGUCAAGGGUAUUGUUUCGACCGGCGUUCAAUGCCAAAUAUACGAUUGUUGGGAGCCAUAUCAACAAUAUGGUUGUCUUGGACCUAAGUGAUCUGAGCCAUCUGUAUGAAAGCAUGUUUUCAAGGUUGCAAUUGCUCUUGGAGGAAUUAUGCUUUGGUGUGGAUAUGGAAAAGCUACUACCAAGUUCUUUGUUACAGUCAGUUGUCUUCAAAAAAGAUUUGAAAUGGUCAAAGACAUCGAUUCUGAAUUAUGAAACAAAGGCGACCAAGUUCAAUGAGCUGUUGUUUUGCUUGGUCUAUAUUUCGGCUGGACAACCGGCGAGAGCAAAAGAAAUGGUACAUUGGACGCUGAAGAAUUCAAAGUACAAAGCACGAGAGCUGUACUUGAUGUUUGGUCGUUUGAUGAUUUACAGCCGGUACGACAAGACGAGAAACAUGAAGUUUGCGGAAAAGCCAAUCCCUCGAUUCCUCCCAGAGUCUCUGUCAACAUUGGCCCUUCGAUACUAUGCACUAGUACGUCCGUUUCAAGCAUUCUUGAGCUCUGUGAAAACAGGAAACAAACAAGCAGCUGCUGUUUAUACGAAUGCUAUGUUUGUUGUGAAUGGUGGGAAACGUUUGGAUAGUGGGAUGCCUUAUCGAAUAUUUCCAAAGGUGACAUAUGAAUGCCUUGGAAAGCCGUUGGGAUUUCGAAAUUACCGACAUAUUGCUCAUUACUUUAAAGAAAGAAAUUUAGAGGAAGACAUGAGCAAAAAUUCGUAUUUUGAUCUACAAGCCGGGCAUACUCGAAGUACAGCGCUUCUCAUCUAUGGACGCACGAUGGACAAGUUGCAUUAUUUGCCAGCGGAUUACUUUGCGAAUUUUUUCGAGCAACAACAGCAACAGCGACAGCAACAGCAACAGCCUUCGUGGUCGGAUACUGGCUCUCGUGGGAUUCCUCCUUCACAGAUCUACGUUCAACUUUGCCGUUGGGCAUUAGCCCAAUUCUGUGGACUGAGUGCAAAGUUUCGGUCCAAGAAACAAUUUCAUUCAGUUUAUUUUUCUGUGCAAGGUCAGAAGAAUCUGAUUAUUGUUCUUCCUACAGCAUCGGGUAAGUCAUUAUCAUUUCUGUUGCCAGCCUUGAUUGAUAAAACCAUUCGACCAAACAAUACCACAUUGGUUGUUGUACCCGCGAUAUCCUUACGUGAGGACAUGAUGCGAAGAGUUAACGAAACAGGACUUGUCGAAUGCACGAAUACUUGGACUCAGUACAGGAACCAACCCGUGACUCCGUCGUUAAAACUGCCCGACCUGUUUAUCCUUACGUACGAGUCUGCACUGUCCAAUUCUGCAUUGGCUUUCUUUGAGAGUCUUGGCGUUGCUGGUCGCUUAGCUCGUGUUGUUGUGGACGAAGCCCAUAGUCUGUUGACGGAUAGUACUUGGAGAAACACUUUGCUACAGGCACCAAGAUUGUCGGCAUUGUUUGCACCGAUUCAUCUGUUGAGCGGAACGUUUCCACGACCGCUGGAAACUUGUGCUAGCAAAACUUUUGGUGCUACGUUUACCGUUGUGAGAGACAUAUCGACAGCGCGACAGAAUCUAUUGUAUCUUUUACGUCCGCUAGUGGCUAAUGCGUUUUUGAACGAGUUGAGUGUCUUGAUGCAAAGAGCUAGUGUCUAUGAGGGCGAUGGUCCAACCAAGGCGUUUGGUCUUGGGAUCGACUAUGGUGAAGUGCGUCUGGUAGUGCAUUAUGGAUUACCGACUUCGUGUAUGCAGUACGCUCAGGAAACAGGGCGAGCGGGAAGAGAUGGUAAGUGUGCACAGAUGUUUCUUGGUGAGUCAGCAAUGAUAAAUAUUCAUGGAUCAAACUUGGGGAACGGAGGAAAUCGUACGAUCGAUGGAAGUACUAGCGAAAAUGCUCGUACAGCAUAUAGUUUCUCACCAAACAUGGGCGUGAGCAUGAGUAAGGGCAAUGGCAACGGCAACGGCAACUUUUUGGAAAGUUCGACGCCAAAGCCAAAGUCAAAGUCAAUAAAAAAUUAUAUUUUGGAUAAGCCUGCGCAUGACAAACUUGGAAAGGACGGUAAUUCUCCAAAGGUGGAUGAUGAGUAUCGUGUUCACUCGCCGUAUAUGUCGUUUCAGAAGCGGCUCGCUGCUUGGGACAAAGAUUCGCCCGUCAAGAGAAACAAAAGCGCUGGUAUGGCGACGUUGAGAAAGCCUGGUGGAUAUGUUGGAGUUGAUAAUGAAGAAGAUGAUGAUGAUGAUGUUGAGCAACAAUUGCAGCGCAAGAGAUUGUUGGAGUAUAAGAGUCGUGUUCAAGAUGUCAAUCAACAGUUGAUGGAUGAGAAUGCGAUAUCAGCGUCAGUUGCUGAAUUCUUUGGGCAUCAACCGGGCAGAUGCCCGAUUGAGAGGAGUGCGUGUUUCAGGUGCCGUAAAACGGAUCAUGGAAGAGCCCAUUGCAAGAUGGAUGUUCAGUUUAAGGGAGUAUGUAAGUAUUGUGGAUUAACAAUCCAAGAACAUGAUUCUGGUGACUUGGGAUACACCCCGGAAUGUCGUUCUUGGGCAAGAAAUCAAUUGAUACCGCUUACUUAUACGGCAUGGAACAGUAGGCUGUUUAAAAAAUCCAUUGCAAAUGAAUUUCUCAAUGGAGAUACCACAGACGAAACAUUUUACAAGUUUGUUUGUACCUCAACUAUGAGGGUCUCUGGGUUUGUUCUUGUGAUUCGACAUGUGUUGGAUGAACAUUUGCAUGCUCUGUAG